CUGGUCAACUCAUCGUCUUCAAAUAUGUCUCUUCCUGUAAACCUCUCUCGUUCGUAGCCUACCGACCGUCUUUGUUCUUGCUCCUUGUGAGCCCUCGACUUUCCGCACCACGUCUCUAGUCCAUUGUUCAACUCAGCAUCUGUGGCGCCUCGGAUCCCGGCGAUGAACUAAUGACCAUUUUCCGACCGUGGGGUCGUUUCCUGAUAUGAACUCACUAUUAUUAGAUACAAGGUCGGCUCACGACUUUCCAGACCGCGGCCCCGUUGUGUUCGCCGUCACUACGGGGACCCUCGUUCUGGCGAGUGUCUUCGUUGGCGCUAGACUGGCCUGCCGCAGCUUCAUUGUUCGACAGGUGAGCUGGGAUGACUACUUCAUUGUCAUAGCUUGGUUCCUCGCUUUCGGCCUCAGCUUCGCUAUCGAUUACGGCGCUACUAUAGGACUCGGUCGCCACGAUGUCGAUAUCCCAGCUCACAACCGGGAUCCUCUUCUUCGCUCUGAAUAUGCAUUCACUGUUCUAUAUAACCCGGCCCUCAUGGCUUUCAAAACAUCAGUGCUCAUAUUCUACCUCCGUCUGUCCAAAAAUACGCAAAAGGUACUGAGGCUAGCUUCAUGGGCCGUGCUCAUAAUCGUGAAUCUCGCUGGGACCGUUUUAACCCUGCUCAACAUUUUCCAAUGCAACCCCGUGGAAUCUGCUUUCAACACGGAUGAUACAGGACAGUGUAUUCCUCUUUUAGCGGAGUUUAUUUGCUCGGCACCGAUCAAUAUAGUCACGGAUCUCGCAAUUCUUGCCCUACCCCUACCUGUUCUAACAGGCAUGAGGUUACCUCCAAGGCAGAAGAUUAUAUUGAUUAUGACUUUUGCACUGGGCAUAUUCAUCACUGUGGUGGAUGUGGUGAGGAUAUAUUAUCUUCAAAAGGCUAUUAGUGAUGCCUCUUCCACAUUUUCCGGCAACCUGGACCCGAACUUCUCAUUUGGGGUUUCGCCCGAAUUCUCUUGGAACGCCUCGCUAGCUCUUUUGUGGUCUGCUGUUGAGGUGAACGUUGGGAUUACUUGUGCCUGCAUUCCAACUUUGAAACCUCUAAUCAUUCGCAUCCUCCCUGCCAUGCUUAUCGACCCAGAUGGAAGUACCCGUCGUGCUUCAGAUACAGCCGAUGUGACGCCUACCGUACAAUCCUAUCGACACGAAUCCACGGCUGCCGCACCAAACGUCACUCAGGAUAGAAACUCUACCUCAAGCCAAGCUCAUGGGCCCGAAAGUGAUGUAGAUGCACAGAUAUCAGCUAUGGAGUUCCUCACCACACCAGAUAUGAUGUUAGAUCGAAAUCAUCCGCCCAUAACAAACACAACGACCGCAACAAGCCUUGAAGCGUCAGGAGUAUACUUUGGAUUUGUCAAUAUGCGGAAACCGAAGAGUAUGAUUCGAACUUCGGUCAGGGAUUCAUUCAAAUACUGCACGAUUGUCACGAUUCUAUUUCUACUCUGGGGGUUCUCAUACGGUCUUCUCAACACUCUCUCGCUCGUCGUGGCUCAGAUCUCCCACAUGACCCCUCCAGAGACAAUAGGACUUACAAGCAUAUAUUUUGGGGGUGGAUACUCCCUUGGCCCGCUACUUGUCGGUGAAUGGAUUUUACGACACGACGAACAUCGAAGGCGAGAAAAGAUGCGUAGGAAUAGCACGUUCGAUGAUACUACGGGUGGAUUUAAGGCUACUUUUAUGUUCGGGUUGUGCAUUUAUGGCGUGGGAACUAUCAUCUUUUGGCCGAGUGCUGUUCUCACGUCAUUUCCCGGAUACUUGAUCUCCAAUUUCGUCGUGGGGUUUGGACUUGCCGUCCUAGAAACUGCGGCAAAUCCGUUCAUUGCUCUUUGUGGGCCUAUGGACUACGCCGAGAUGAGGCUUUGCUUCGCACAGGGCGUUCAAGGUGUGGCCACUGUCCUGAGUCAACUUCUAGCUCAAAAGGUUUUCUUCGUUGAAUUGAGUGCCUCCGAGUCUAUAGGUGCAUCAACGCUUGUUGAUGUACAAUGGACAUUCUUGGCUAUCACACUCCUUUGCGUUGGGCUAGCCUUGUUCUUCUAUUACAUGCCGUUGCCAGAGGUUACCGAUGCGGAGUUGGAGAACUCAACGCGAUAUCUCCCCAUCGACCCGAAGAAACGUAGCUUCUUUGGCUAUCAAUUAAGAACCUGGACUCUCGUUUUAGCAGUUGUGGCUCAAUGGACUUAUGUCGGUGGUCAAGAAACGAUGAGCCUCUUCUUCCAUGACAUUUUACAACCCAGUGGGACCUCAACUGCGGCAUCAGGUCCAACGACCAUCACGAGAGCUGUAACAUCAGAGAAUGUAGGCCGCUUAAGCAUAAGCAUUGAUGACUUUGGUCUUAUUGCUCGCACUGCCUUCGCUUUGUCUCGGUUCUUGGUAGCAUAUCUUGCAUACCUAUCGCCAACCCACCCUAGGGUCCCCCAACCCCGAACUAUACUAAACAUCUGCGCUGGACUCAGCAUAGUAACCGGUGUAGUCGUAUCAGCCAUCCGCCCGAGUAACCCGGACCUCCUGUCUAUUCCGAUUGUCCUAUUUUAUUUUUUCGAGGGGCCCAUAUGGCCUUUAAUAUACACGCUGGGCCUCCGAGGGCAAGGCAGUCGCACAAAACGGGCAGCAGCAUUUCUCACCAUGGGAGCAUCAGGGCCUGCAUUUUGGCCAUUCGUUGUAUGGGGUAUACAUCAAAGCGGUGCUUCGUAUCAAACAGCUUUUGUCCUGGUACCUGCUCUUCUGGUCAUCACGGGUAUCUUCUCUCUGUUCCUUGAUCUUAAGCAUGACGCAAGGGCCUUAGUUGAUGCCCGUGUCGGCCCUGAACAACAGCAAAGGAUUCAAGAUCGCGCAAAUCACGAAAUGGACUUGGACGCAAUCAUCGCAGCGAGGAGACGAGCGUCAGUUAAUGGACUAGGCGACCCAGCUCUAGAUUACGAGAAGGCUUCGGUUAAUCAGGAGACUGGUAGUCGUUUCAAAAGAAGAUGAAGAGAGGUACACUUUACUUCUUAUAACUUGGAAAUAACAAACCCAGUUCAGACGUUGGGUGCCUAUCAUGCAAAAUCAUGAGGAUUAUUUAAUCCGAGAAAAGGUCCCACGCUUGGAAGAGUCGAGACGUCGUGGACCUCGCAUACUACUUGCACUUGCUGUUCUAUAGAACCCGCAAUAUAGGC